AUGGAUGAAGAAGUGAAGCUUCACGGUUUUUGGCCAAGCAAUUAUGUGUACAAGGUGAUAUGGGCUCUGAAACUGAAGGGGAUCAAGUAUGAGUACAUAGAAGAAGAUCUCUCCAACAAGAGCGAUUUGCUUCUCAAGUAUAAUCCAGUUUACCAGAAGGUCCCUGUGCUUGUUCAUGGUGGAAAACCAGUUCCUGAGUCCUCUGUCAUCCUUGAAUACAUAGAAGAUACAUGGCCCCAGCCAUAUCCCCUGUUCCCUGAGGAUGCUUUUGAUAGAGCCAUGGCUCGGUUUUGGAUCAACUUUGGAAAUGAGAAGGGUCUAGUCUUUUACUCAUUUUUUAAAGCUGGUCAAGGACAGAAAGAAGAAGCAGCGAAACAGGUGUUGGAAGUUUUGAAAACCCUGGAAGAACAUGGCCUAGGGAGUAAGAAAUUUUUCGGUGGCGAAUCCAUUAACGCAGUGGACCUCUCUUUCGGCUUUUUACCUUAUUGGUUUGAAUGCAUUGAAGAGGUGUUGGGUAUAAAAGUUAUUGAAUCGACCAGUCUGCCCCGUUUACAUUCAUGGCUGGAGAAUUUUAAGGAAGAACCCUUGAUCAAGGAAAAUUGCCCGGACGGAGAAAAGCUGUUGGGCCACAUGAAGAAGGUCAGGGCAAGUUUCCGGGUAGACUAA